AUGUCUUCUUUUUUAAAAGAUAUAGUGAGAAAAUGGAAUUUAGAGAAUUUAGUGACAAUGGUUGUAAGCGACAAUGCAUCAAACAUCAUUGCAGCAAUUAAAUUAUGUAAUUGGAGAAGUCUAGGAUGUUUUGCUCACAGCAUAAAUUUAGUAGUUGAAUCAGGUUUGAAAUAUAAGGAUGUGAAGAGUAUAAUUGCAAAAGUAAAGGCAAUUGUACAAUAUUUCAAACAGAGUAGCCAAGCUUUAAUCCGUCUUAAUGACAAUCAAGUAAAAGGAGGUCAUCCCAUACUAAAAUUAAAACAAGUUUGUCCAACCAGGUGGAACUCUACAUAUGAUAUGAUAAAUAGGAUUUUAAAAAUAAAGGAGCCAGUUUUGUCCACAUUGGCAGUCAUAAAUAAUGAUCUUAAUAAUAUCACCAACUAUGAAUGGAAUAUUUUAGAUCACCUAUGCAAAUUAUUAAAAAUAUUUUAUGAUAUAACAAAUGAAAUAAGUUGCGAAAAAUUUGUAUCCAUAUCUAAAGUUUUAAUAUUUUCAAAAGCAAUGUCCAACUAUGUCUUAGUUUACUGCAAUGAUCAGAGUAUGCCAUAUGAAAUAAAUUCAGUGGCAAAUAUAUUACAUACAAAAUUACAACAAAGAUUCAAUCAGUUUGACGAUAAUGAUGUAGUCAUACAAUCAACCCUACUGGAUCCGCGAUUCAAAAAACAAGGGUUUGUAAAUGACAGAAAGUAUGAAAUUGCCUAUGAGUCUCUGUCACGUAAAGUUCAAGGAAUAUCUAUUGGGAAAGAUAGUCAAGAACCAGAGAUCAAUACACCAUCAGUGAACCUGCUGGAUCUGAAACAAUUUGGAAAGAUUUUGAUAGCAAAGUGA